AUGGAUCAAAUAGUGGUGAGCACUGUGCUGGAAAAGGCCUGUGAAUCGCUCAAGAAGGAGAGAAGCAAGAAUGACCCAGAGGCAUGUAAAGAACAUGGCGAAACAUUCACAAUGUUCUGUUUAGAAGACAUGGAACCGGUCUGUAUUGCAUGUGGGAAAGCAGCUGCACACGCUGGACACAAGCUCUAUCCUAUUGGAGAAGGUGCUCACGAUUGUAAGGAGGAACUGAAGCGUGCAGUUCUGCUUUUGAAAGAAAAAUUGCAGCUCUACAAGAAGGCGAAAAUGGUCUACGAGGAAAUGGCAGAACACGUUAAGAACCAAGUCAAACAUACUGAAACACAAAUAAAAGAAGAAUUUCAGGCCCUGCACCAUUUCCUGAAUGAGCAGGAAGCUGCCAGACUUUCAGAUUUAAAGGCCGAGGAGGAGCAGAAGAACCUGAUGAUUGAACAGAGCAUUGAGGAGAUGAACAAUGAAAUGACAUCACUCUCCAACACCAUUAGAUUAGUAGAGCAGGAAAUGAGCUCUCAAGAUAUCCCAUUUCUUAAGAAUUACAAGGAAACAAUAAAAAGAACCUGGAGAAAGUCUCUUGAUCCACAAAUUAUUUCUGGAGCUCUAAUUGACGUGGCCAAGUACUUGGGCUCUCUGAAAUAUAAAGUGUGGGAGAAGAUGAGGAGUAUAAUUAAAUAUAAUCCAGUUGUUGUAGAUCCUAACACAGCAGCUAGCUGCUUCAUUCUCUCAGAGGACCUCACAGUCGUGCACACCUCAUCCAAGAUUUCCAAGGUGCCAGACAACCCAGAACGCUUUGACAUCAGUGCUGAGAUGCUGGCUGCUGACGGCUAUACUUCUGGAUGCUGUAGCUGGGAAGUGGAGGUUAAGGAUAACACCUACUGGGUGGUGGGAGUAGCCAGCGAGUCAGUCAAAAGGAAGGGCAAGACUGUGCUGACACCAGCAGAGGGGUUCUGGACUAUAAGGUUUCGCAAUGGAGAGCACAAGGCCUGCACAGCACCAUGGGAGCCACUGAACAUAACUAAGAAGCCAGAAGUGAUAAGAGUAGUUUUAGACAUGGACCGAGGCAAGGUGACGUUUUAUGACCCUGGAGAGAGAAAGCCUCUUUACACCUUCACAGAUGUUAUCACACCCAGAGCCUUUCCCUAGUUUUGCACUGCCUGCAAAGAGCAUCCACUGAAAAUCCUACCCACAAGGAUAUCCAUGUCAA